CAGGCAGAUGAAGCAGCACUGUUCUAAUGGCGUCUUCGUCCAGUUACAGUAAGUCUGUCUAUCGGUUUUGCUCACUUUGAACGGCUUCUGUUGUUGUGUCUGUGCUGUGAAGCGUCUCUUUUCCUGAGAUCCUGCGUAUGAGCCAGUAGCCUCAUCUGCGACCGGUUUUUGUCUCUACAGAGUAUAGACGGAUCGGUGUGAAAUGGUGAAACUGUAUCGAGGUGGAAAACAGGGCCCAGGGCCGAUGAGGGGCCCUAUGAACAAGCCGCGUCCGCUUUUCCCACCGGGCGAGCUGCCCCUUUUCGGGCCUCCACCCGUGUACUUUCGCCGGCCUAUGAUGCCGCCCCCCGCGAUGAGGCAUCCGCCGCCGAUGCGCCCGCCCCCGCCGCGGAUGAUGGGGCCGCCACGGCCCGGCAUGGUCGGACCGCCGCCGCCGGGCAUGAUGCGCCGCCCCGGACCCCCGCCCCCAAUGCCGCUCCUUCAGGCUCCCGUCCUCCCGCCUCGGCCGCCUUUCGUACGCGGUGGACGCGGCGGCCCCAAACCUCUUCUGAUGAAGCCCAUGAGGAAGAUGAUGGACGACAGACGGAUGAAGCAGGUCAAAAGGCAUAACAAGAAGAACAAAAUGAGAAAAGCAAAUCGCCCCGGGACCGGCUCGGGAGAGUUUUAUUGCGAAACCUGCGACAUUUGUUUGGAGACGAGAGAAGAGCUCGAGGAGCACACUGGUGAGCAUGUUGUGUGCGGAAAGGACGGCUGCACAUUCUCUGCCAUACCGCCAAUAAUAAGGCAACACGUACGGCUCCAACAUGCCACCGGCCUCUAUGAAAAAAUCGCCAAAGUGUCCAAUCCGGAGGAAGUCAGUAAAUGGAUAGCCGAUAGGAAAAACAAUUACCCAACGAGUGAGAAAAUAGCGCAGAAAGAAGAGGAGAAAGCUGAAAUGAUUGAGAGGGGUGAAGUGCUUAACGAUGGCGUAAGGUUCAACCAACUUCCGUUAAAAAGAAAAACACCUUCAAAAAGAAAUAGCCAGUGGAAAAAAAGAGUCAACAUCAUUCAUAAUUACUCGGAAGAAUUUGUCGUAAUCGAUGGUCUACCUUCAGACGAAUCAGCAAGCGAAGAGUCAGGAGAAUCAGAUUCGGAUUUGGAGGAGGACAAUGACAUCGGAAAAUUUAGUGAUGAUGAGUGGAUUGAUGAUCUGUCUCAAAAGGAAAACGAAAAUAAAGAAGUCUGUGGAGUUCUUGGCUUAUUAACAGCGUACAAUUCUGAUUCCGAAGAAGAAGAAAUGAAAGUCAGUUCAGACAUACAGAAUGAUAAUAAGAAAGAAUCAUCCGAGAAAUCUGAAAAUGAAAAUUUGGCUGAUCCUGAAAACAAAAGCAGUUUGGAAGAAGAACCACCUGAAGAGACAAAAAUCCUUAGAGAAGAAUUAGAUGUUCCAAAUAUAUUGGUAAAAACAAACCUGGUGACAAAUGAAGAUACAAAAGAAAAACCUGUACAUGAAAAACGGAAGAGAGUUCAAUCUGGAAAGAGAAAACUAAUUAGCAAAGUUCCACCAAAAUACAAACCUUCCACUCUUCUACAGAAACUUUUAUCUAAAGAGAUUAAAAAAGAAAGAAACUACAUUCUUCAGUGUGUUCGUUAUAUUAUCCAAAACAAUUACUUCAAACCUGAGAGUAAUAAACUGCAAGACAAUAAUUUGAUUGAUGCAGAAUCUGGGAAUUGAUCUGUUAUAAACGUUUAAAUGUAAUAAGCAGUUUUGACGAAAUUUUUUGUUAUCAAUUGUAAAUAAAUGUAAUAUAUUGCUUAUAAAA